GGCUGGCCCAGCCGGGCCCCCGCUGCCCUCCGCCCUGGGCGCCGGGUCGGAGUGGGCCGGGCAGGCGGGCCGGGGCUCGGUUGCGACCCGGGGGCUCGGUGGCGAAGAUGGCGUCCGGCAGGCGCGCCCCGCGAACCGGGCUGCUGGAGCUUCGUGCCGGGACGGGCGCGGGGGCAGGCGGAGAGCGCUGGCAGCGGGUGCUGGUCAGUCUGGCGGAGGACGCGCUGACCGUGAGCCCCGCCGACGGCGAGCCAGGCCCCGAGCCCGGCGCUGCGCGGGAGCCCGAGCCCGCACAGCUCAACGGCGCCGCUGAGCCGGGCGCGGCGCCCCCGCAGUUGCCCGAGGCGCUGCUGCUCCAGCGGCGCCGCGUGACGGUGCGCAAGGCCGACGCGGGCGGGCUGGGCAUCAGCAUCAAAGGAGGCCGGGAGAACAAGAUGCCCAUCCUCAUUUCCAAGAUCUUCAAGGGACUGGCGGCGGACCAGACAGAGGCCCUGUUUGUGGGGGAUGCCAUCCUGUCAGUGAACGGGGAAGACUUGUCCUCUGCCACCCACGAUGAAGCAGUGCAGGCCCUGAAGAAGACGGGCAAGGAGGUGGUGCUGGAGGUCAAGUACAUGAAGGAGGUCUCACCUUAUUUCAAGAAUUCUGCUGGUGGGACCUCAGUUGGCUGGGACUCACCUCCUGCCUCACCCCUUCAGCGGCAGCCUUCGUCCCCCGGGUCUCAACCCCGGAACCUCAGCGAAGCCAAACAUGUGCCCCUGAAGAUGGCCUAUGUGUCAAGGAGGUGCACCCCCACGGACCCGGAGCACAGGUACCUGGAGAUCUGUUCAGCAGAUGGCCAAGACACCCUCUUCCUGAGAGCCAAGGAUGAGGCUAGUGCGAGGUCGUGGGCCAGUGCCAUCCAAGCCCAGAUCAACGCUCUGCUGCCCUGGGUCAAGGACGAGCUCCAGGCACUGCUGGCAGCUUCCAGCCCAGCUGGGAGCCAGGACAUCAAGCAGAUUGGCUGGCUGACUGAGCAGCUGCCCAGUGGGGGCACAGCCCCAACCCUGGCCCUGCUGACAGAAAAGGAGCUGCUCCUCUACGGUGGUCUCCCCCAGACCCGUGAGGCCCUGAGCCGGCCGGCCCGUACUGCCCCGCUCAUCGCCACGAGGCUGGUGCACUCGGGCCCCUCGAAGGGCUCCGUGCCCUACGAUGCAGAGCUCUCCUUUGCCCUGCGCACGGGCACACGCCACGGGGUGGACACGCACCUGUUCAGCGUGGAGUCACCACAGGAGCUGGCUGCCUGGACCCGUCAGCUGGUGGACGGCUGUCACCGGGCCGCCGAGGGUGUGCAGGAGGUGUCUACAGGUGCGCUGGGUGGAUCUUGGUGUGCCUCUGUGCCUGCACAUGGAACGGCCGCCCCUGCAACCUCUCUGUGCACAUUGACAAGGGCUUCACGCUGUGGGCGGCUGAGCCUGGCGCCGCCCGAGCCGUGCUGCUCCGACAGCCCUUCGAGAAGCUGCAGAUGUCCUCAGAUGACGGUGCCAGUCUCCUCUUCCUGGACUUUGGUGGUGCUGAAGGCGAGAUCCAGCUGGACCUGCACUCGUGUCCCAAAACUAUGGUCUUCAUCAUUCACUCCUUCCUCUCGGCCAAAGUCACCCGCCUGGGGCUGCUGGCCUAGAAGUCGCCGGAUGCACCAGCCCUGAAGAGGGGGUGUCCACCACGUGGCCUGACCUGGCCCUCCGCUGACCACUCACCCCAGGGCUGAGGGGAGGGAGAGGGGAGGAGCGAGGUGCUCAGAGAGCCAGCCCCCGAGGGAGCCUGGACUGGUCUGGGGAUGGACCCACUGGACCCCGCCUGUGCUGGGGUGGCCUUCCCGCUGCCCCCUCCACCAGUGCCUUUUGCAGAGAGAGAUUUUACGUACAUAGAAGCCAUUCCGAGCCUGGGACCUGCCCCCGUGGGGAUCCUGACUCCGCACAACAGCUGAACUGCCAGGCCUCCAGGAAGUCCCCGAGUCACUCCCAGAGGCCCCAUCUGAAGUCGGAGUCCCCCGGGGUCAGUGGCAGGAGAAAGAACGGAAGCCUUUUUGCUCAUUGUCCCCUCUGUCCCACCACCUUGGGGUCUCUGGUUUCUCUCUUCAUAUUCUCUCUCUCUCUCUCUAUCUCUCUCUCUCUCGUUCUUCGAUAAAUAAACAGCCUGCAAGCACA